AUGCCGGCCUCCAAACCUUAUCAAUUGUUGGAGGUCAGCGUCAUGUCGGCUCAAGACCUGGAGCCGACAUGGGGGAAGAUGAAAACGUACGCUACUGCAUGGAUCCAUACCCGACGGAAGCUAUCCACACGAAUCGACUCCGUCGGGGGCGCCAAUCCGACGUGGAACGACAAGUUUGUUUUCCGAGUGGACGAGGAGUUCCUCUGCCUUGAUGACUCGUCAGUGAUGAUAGAGAUCUACGCCACCAAUUGGCUCCGUGACACCCUCGUUGGGACCGUUAGGGUUCUUGUCGGCAACGUGGUUUCCCAUCCUCAAACCUCCCACAACAAACAUUACACCGGCGGUAUGCGAUGUGUAGCUCUUCAGGUACGACGUCCUUCAGGACGGCCACAAGGGAUAUUAAACGUGGGCAUGGCGGUGCUCGAUAGCUCGAUGAGGAGCAUGCCUUUGUACUCUGGAGCUUCGGCUGUUGGGUAUAGCGAUCUAAUGAGAUUGGGGGAUGUCGAUACCCAUCAGGAUCCCAAUUAUCAUCGUCAAACUCGACAUGAUAAGAAUGACGAAAGUGUUGCAGAACGACCAUUUAAACCUGUACUACUUCGUUCAAGAAGUGAAAGCAGUUCAAUGUAUGAGCAUUUAUCGGUUGCGAACAGUUCGUUGAUCGCGGUCCCAAAAAAGCCAGCGUCCUCGAUACUAGACGAACCAUGUUUUGCCGGAUUGAAGUCUAAAAAGGGGAAAGCGAGCUCGGUUGUGAGUGGAGAGGAGCUCCGAGAAAAGCCCAAACCCAAGGGGAAGAAGAAGAGGUCAAGUUCGAUCAUUGGGGUUCCGAUUUUUAGUAAGCCCGAACCCGUUUCGAAGAAAUCGGGAGGGUCGAUUGUUGGGAAGCAAGGUCUAAAACCCAGUGCGUCUUUUCCUCAUAAGGCGAGUUCGGUUUGGUCGGAGUCGGAGGUGGGGCCGUCGGCAUCGGAGGUGGCGAUGGCGAUAAUGGAGAGAAAGUAUCCGUUGGAUGAUGCUCGAAGCUCGGUUUUGGAUGGGUGGAGCGAGGAUGGCAGCGAGGAAGGGUUACAGUCGAAACUGGAGAGAUGGAGAAGGGAGAAAACGCCAUUGUUUGAUCGUGGAUCCUCGAAGAGUAGUAGUUUCCAGUGGGAUCAUAAGCGGCGGCAUACGGUGGACGAUGUCCCCGGCAUGUUUUCGUGCUUUGGGAGCGUAUGCGGGAUGGAGUUCCAGUGCGUUUGUGGCGACCCGAAUGGAGCCAUGGAUCAUGACGGUGGGUUGAGCCCGUGA